GUAAUAGUGCCACUUGUACACAUCAUGGGGAAGCGGUCACGUUUGGAGGAUGAUUCUGGCCCUCAGGAGGCAGAAAGCAGGAUAUCCAAGAGACUAAAGACUGAGAAAAGAGAAAAGAAGGAGAAAAAAGAUAAGAAAGAUAAGAAGGAGAAGAAAGACAAGAAGCAGAAAAAAGAGAAAAAGGAGAAGAAAGAAAAGAAGGAGACACAUGAGAAAGCCGAUGAAGUAGAGGAGAUUGAAAAGGACGAACAAAAGGAAGUAAAACUGACCAAGAAUUUUGCGAUUCAUGACCUGAUCUCUGUCGAGCGUUCGAUCUCAUUGGUUCAAGAAAACCUCGCCAAGAUCAUGGAAAUCACUCCAACAGCAGAUGAGCUUUCUCAAUAUGUACAACAUUUAGUGAAAUCCACCAACAAUGGCUCUUCUCAAGAUAGCGGCGUUACUGCUAAGAUAUUGUUGUUGUCCAAAUCUCACAAGAUCCAACUGGCUGCUCAGUUGAAAACUCUUUAUCAAGCUAACAAGCUCAGAAUUUUUGACCAAAUAAUCAAUUUCUCUGAAACCACCAUCUUGAAUUCCGCAGAUGACGUCCAAUUGCUACUGAAAGAGAGGAAUAGAAAGGCACACGAAAAGGGAACCAGCACAGAGAAGAGAUUUAACGAGAAUUCAAUUUUACCUGAGUUGCCAGUUCUAUACGAUUCAGUACUUGAGGCGAAGGUAUUUAUUCAUAAAUCUGCCACAAAUAAUGAUAUGCACUCUUCCAAAUAUGAUCAGGUUCAGUGGAACAAUGAACGUUUGGAAUAUUUAGGCGAUGCAGUCCUUGAAACUAUUGUCUCUGAUAUAACUGAAGCGAGAUAUCAUGAUUUUGAUGAGGGACAAUUGACAGUUUUACGUGCUACGUUAGUCAAAAAUGAAACCAUUGAAGUGCUUUCAAGAGCGUACAAGUUUCCUGAAAGACAACAAGAACUCUUGAAAUUUCAUGUCAUCAAGACAGAUUUGAAUAUUGACUCUAGAGUGGGAGCAAACAAAAGAAUAGCUGAUUUGUUUGAGGCAUACAUUGGUGCUAUAUUCAUUGACAAGGGAAGAGACGGAAAUGCCUAUGAUUUUAUUAAGGCCUGGCUUGUGGAUGUCUAUGAGCCAAUUCUAAAUGAAUUUGAAUCUAUCGAUCAAUUGAAAUAUCUCCAUUUGAGCUCAGGUUUAGUAUCGAAGUUACUUGGGAACGAUUUUAAUGGUAAGCCUUCUUCUCCUACAAUUGCUGAGGAUACGACUGUAGAAUUGAAGGAAACAAAGGUAGCACAGCAACAAGAGCCAGUACAAAAAUUCCCAAUUACUAUCACUUCUACCGAGCCUAUAGAUAAGUUGGCAAGGGGGAACCUUUAUGCACUUAUAGGAUCUGCCAAAUUACACCCAAUAUUCACACCGGUUAGAUCAUAUCAAAGCACAGGAACACAUUGUGUGGUGAAUUGCACAAUGGAUGGUGAGCUUCUGGGAACAGGUGAGGGUAGAAAUGCCAAAGAUGCAAGUGCUCGUGCUGCAAUGGCUGCUUUGCUAAAUAAAGAGCUGAUUGAGAAAUAUCAUUUGAUUAGGAUGAUGACUCCAAGAACAGAAUCGGUUGUGAAGGCACCCGAGCUCGAGCAAAAAGUAAUCAAGAAAGCACGUGCCUCUAGUCUACUGCAGAUCCCCCAUUUCAUACCACACGCUGACAUUUUAACACCCGAUGCAUCCGCCAAAGCGAACCUAAUGGAUUUACUAUCUGAACAAAAAGUGUCUGCCGAAAUAAAGUGUGAGCCAGAUCAGGCCUCUCAAAGCAUCUUGCCCAUGUUCAAAUCAACAUUGAAAGUGAAUGGGAAAAACGUUUGCGACUGCAUUGAAGCAAGCAAGAAAAAAGGUGCCAACAAAGUGGCCCAAUGGUUGCUAGACGAAAUAGAAAAACAUGGAAAGCAAGCGGUCUUGAAAGAGCUGGAAUGAAUUAGAUCCAAUAAAUUUGAAUUAUGUAUUAAUUUUAUAGAGGUAAUAUUAUUAACAGCAAUAACGAUAGAUGUUGUUUUGAGGGGAGGAUUCGUAUGUAUAAGUUCGAAUUACAUUGAAUAAACA